AACAACAUUUUUGUUCAGCCAUAACGAUAAGGUUGUUCUUUUUUCAAUCUCACAAAUCAAGAAUCGACUAACCAAUGGCUUCUUAUAACUAUUCUAUUUCAUCAAAUGUUGUAGUUCUUCUGUUGUUGAUGCUAUGCACCUUUGGCUCUUUUUCUACUGGCUCUGUUGGCAACUUUUUUAAAGAUUUUGAUAUAACAUGGGGGGAUGGACGUGCAAAAAUACUCAAUAAUGGCAAAAUUCUCACUCUCUCCCUCGACAAAGCUUCCGGGUCUGGCAUACAAUCCAAGAACGAGUAUUUAUUCGGAAAGAUCGACAUGCAACUCAAGCUUGUUCCCGAUAACUCUGCUGGCACCGUCACCACUUACUAUUUGUCUUCUCAAGGUCCAAACCAUGAUGAGAUAGACUUUGAAUUCUUGGGGAAUCUUAGUGGCGAACCUUACAUUGUUCACACUAAUAUAUAUACACAAGGCAAAGGUGACAGGGAGCAACAGUUCUUCCUCUGGUUUGAUCCCACUGCUGAUUUUCACACUUAUUCCAUUCUCUGGAAUCCUCGAACAAUCGUUUUCUACAUUGAUGGCACGCCGAUCAGAGUAUUCAACAACCUGGAAUCGCGUGGAAUUUCAUUCCCGAAGAACCAGCCAAUGAGGGCUUAUUCGAGUCUGUGGAGUGCAGAUGAUUGGGCAACAAGAGGUGGCCUUAUAAAGACUGAUUGGAGUAAAGCUCCAUUUACAGCUUCCUUAAGAAAUUUCAAGGCCAAUGCUUGUAUAUGGAAAUCUGAAAAAUCUUCCUGCAAGAAUUCAUCCUCAAAACCAUGGUCCUCACAAGAGCUUGAUUCUGAAAGUCAAGAAAGACUGAAAUGGGUGCAUAAAAAUUACAUGGUUUAUAAUUAUUGUCAAGAUACAAAACGGUUCCCUCAGGGCCUUCCUCAAGAAUGCACUUUCAAUGCUACAAGCAACAAUUAGAGACAGGAAAAUAAGUAGAUAUCAUAUAUAUUGUGUAAAUUUUCUUUUUUCCUUGGCGUAUUUUGGGAUUCAAGAAAUAAAUGCUGCCACAGGAUCAGUAUCAUAUUUUGGUAAUGUACAUACAAUAAUUCAUACUUAUUAUAAAAACAGAGGGAUUUGUUAAAA